AUGGAACCGCCUCAAGGAAGCCAAGAACUGCCCCCGGAAGCUAUUGCUCUUGCUGGGCGCAUGUACGAUGGUGCGCGGAAGGGCGAUGUUGCCUUGUUUCAGCAAGCUCUGCCGGCUGGUUUACCCGCCAAUAUGACCAACGAGAAAGGUGACACAUUGCUUAUGUUGGCUGCUUAUCACGGGCAUGCGGAGUUGGUGAAGCUGCUCAUCCAGCAUGCAGCCGAUCCUAAUCGGCUCAACGACAGAGGGCAGAGCCCUUUGGCUGGAGCGGUCUUCAAGCAAGAAGACGCCGUCAUCGAGGUUCUUCUUGAGGGUGGUGCAGAUCCAGAUUACGGUAACCCGAGUGCACUACAAUGCGUCGUUAUGUUCAAGCAGGAAGACAAAUGGCAGAAAAAGUUUGAGUCUGCUUCUGGACGGGGUAAAGCCACAGCGUAA